AUGCCUCUUGCUUUCCUGGAACGCACCGUGCCAGGCAGUCACUACGAGCUGGGCGAGUCGUUCGUUGAGCAGACGUACGACGGCAUGACAUUGCUGCUCACGAUGCACGUGUCUGGCGCUCAGAGCGUCGUGUUCGAGGUGCUGCAGUACCUCAGGGACAUCGCAGAACACCUGCUGAUCUUCAUGUCCUCGAGCAGAUCCAUGGCUCUCUACGAGGCUUGUGGGAAGGCCCUCAAGAUUUACACGGACCAACACGCUGGGAGCGUAAGGCGUGUUGACCCCACCUCGGAGGAGGACGCGUACGAGGACGUCGUGUGCGUUCUGCAGCUGCUGAGCAACCUGAUCACGAAAGAUCUCGUCGACCAAAGCGACGAACCCGCCAGCGAAAAGGAUCGAGACGUGAAGGUGACGGACGUGGUUUUUUUCGGUCUGAAGAAGGUGAUGCCUCUCAUGACGGAGGGGUUGCUGCAGUUCCCGGAGCUCGCCACACAGUAUUUUUCCCUGGUGGGUUUCAUGGUGCAGACCUUCUCCGACAAGCUGUCGGGCCUAGAGCCGGAGCUCUUCCAGCAGGUCGUCAGCUCACUCGUUUUCGGGAGCCAGAGCACGAACUCUCCCGUCGCACGGAACAGCCUGCAGGCCAUCUCGGUGAUGGCCGGGCACCACGUGUCGGAAAAAGUGAAGGGGGGAGAGGGGCUGUCGGCACACCUUGCCGUGAAGCCGGACCUCUUCUUGGGAAUCCUCCGUACCCUGCUGGACAUGCUCAUGUUCCAGCGAUCGCUGUGGGAUCGCCUGGACGCGUGUUCGUUGGCGGUGCUGCCGCUACUCGUCUGCGAGCAGGAGGGUUUCCAGAGACUCGCCGAGGAGCUGGUGGCAUCGCAGCCCGAGACCGUCAGGCCUCGCCUGGUGAAGGCGUUUCACAAGCUGCACGCCAGCCACGCGGCCUGCGGCGGUGGCCUGGACAGGGCGGGGCGGCGGCGUUUCCCCGAGGCCAUGAAGGAGUUCACCAUGUCCUGCCGAGGGUUCCUCCAGACGAAGUGACCGAAAAAAAAGCUGUUCUUGUUUUGUAGUGCUGUUUGUUUUUCCUGCUGCUGCUGCUGCUGCUGCAGCUGUUUCUGCUGCUUUUGGGGUGUUGGUCGUCAUGUGGUUAUCGUUGCUGCUGCGUUUUUGUGUCAGAAUAUUUUCCCGUUUAUUGCGAACGGAGAACUAACCUUGUGCUGCCUUCGUUUGUACUCACGACUGACUGCGCUUCAGCUUUUCUCGUGGGUUUUUUGUGUUUUUUGUGGACACCCAGUUCCAGGCACAACCGUAUUCCGAAGACAGUGCUUGCUGUUCCUGCGCGCAAUGCGCGAUUGUUAUGAUUUUGCGAUUUGUCUUGUUUG